CGCCGCCCCGCCGAGCCCCCGCUCGGCCGCGCCUCCUGCCCGGGAGCCCCGCGGGGCACGGUUUGGACUGGAAGACCAAGAUCCUUGAAUCCAGGGCUUCCACUAAGCAUCCUGGCAGGAGGGCAUGAAUUAUUGUUUACAACAGAAAGAAAGAGGAGGCUCCUGGGCCGCUCUCAGACCAGGGAUGGGGGAACAAAGAUAGAGAAUGAGGUAAUGGCAGGACCAUCUGAGAAGCAUCUUUUGUUUGAGUGUGAAAUGGCGACUCCGUGGCCCAAGAUGAAUUGGUCGUGAGGGGCGUCUUUGUACAGCACGGCCGGAGGAGGCAUUUCUCUCUGGAGGACCCUCUGAAGAGAAAAUGGGUCUCCCUUUCCUCUUGCCAGUCCCCACCAAGAUGACCUCAUUCAUUUGGAGGACAAUGGAGGGUCUGGGCCUUUGAGUUCAUAGCCAUCACCUCAUCUUCUUCGCGGGGGCCGCAGACUGAAAAGCAAAGCAAGCUAGCUCGAGUUCAGCGUCUGUCGUUGUCAUGGCUGGUGAGAUGAAUGGCACUCGACUCGUGACCGGGGAGAGGCUGGUGGCUUGGCUGGAAAGCGGCAUGGAAAAAUUGCUCCUGAUCGACAGCCGUCCCUUUGUGGAAUACAACAUGUCACACAUCCUGGAGGCCAUCAGCAUCAACUGCUCCAAACUCAUGAAGCGCAGGUUGCAGCAGGACAAGGUGCUGAUCACCGAACUUAUUCAGCAUUCAGCGAAACAGAAGGUGGAAAUCGAUGGCAAACAGGAAGUCGUGGUGUAUGAUCAAAGCUCGGCAGAUGUGGCUUCCGUCCCCCCUGAAUCUUUUCUGAGUCUUCUGCUGAGAAAACUGGAGAAGAGCUUCAGCUCUGUCCACUUACUUGCAGGUGGAUUUGCUGAAUUUUCCAACUGUUUCCCUGGCCUUUGUGAAGGAAAAUCUAUUCUGGUGCCUUCCUGCAUUUCUCAGCCUUGCUUACCAGUCUCCAACACAGGCCCCACCCGGAUUCUUCCCCAUCUGUUUCUGGGGUGCCAAAGAGACGUCCUCAACAAGGAGCUGAUGCAACAGAACGAGAUUGGCUAUGUGUUAAAUGCCAGCAAUACGUGUCCCAAACCAGACUUCAUCCCAGAAUCCCACUUCUUAAGGGUGCCGGUGAACGACAGCUUCUGUGAGAAAAUCUUUCCUUGGCUGGACAAGUCUGUGGACUUCAUAGAAAGAGCAAAAGCCUCCAAUGGCUGCGUCCUAGUCCACUGCUUGGCUGGAAUAUCGCGUUCGGCCACGAUCGCCAUUGCGUACAUAAUGAAAAGGAUGGAUAUGACCCUAGAUGAGGCCUACAGAUUUGUGAAAGAGAAGAGGCCGACCAUUUCUCCUAACUUCAACUUUCUCGGUCAACUCCUGGACUUUGAAAAGAAAAUAAAGCGCCAGGGUGGCACAAGCGGGCUCGUCGGCAAACUCAAGCGUUUGCAUUUGGAAAACGGCAGCAGCCACGGAGCCGGCAGCGGGCCCCCCACCGUCCUGCGGGCCCCUCCUCAGCCCUGCGCCUCCUCUACCUCAGAGACUGUGGAGCAGAAGCCCCUGGAGCCAGGGGACCCGCCAGCUCCCCCCCUGCCCUCUGGAGAGGGCAGCUCCUGGGCACCGGGCAGGACCGGGUCGAACGUCUCCUCUGACAGAGUUGAAGACAGCAACAGGUUGAAGCGGUCGUUCUCCUUGGACAUCAAGUCUGUCUCUUGUACCACAAGCAGCGCUUGCGUUGGCACUUCGGGACAGGGGUGUCCCUCCUUGGAGGACACGUUAGAGUACUACAAGCACUCGGCCAGCUUGGAAGGGGGCAGCAAGUUAUGCCAGUUCUCUCCUGUCCAGGAGGUUUCGGAACAGACGCCCGAGGGCAGUCCGGACGAGGAACACACCAGGGUCCCGGAGAAGUCCCUCAAGGGCCGGCAGCCAGACGGCCAGAGCAAGCGUCAGCACCUGGGGCGGACUGCGGGUCCCGCUCAGAGGUCACCUUGGUACCCACUGCACCGAAGCGGCAGCAUGGAGGAUAACUACAGAACCAACUUCCUCUUUGGCCUUUCCACCAGUCAGCAGCAUCUGGCCAAGUCUGCAGCCGGGCUGGGUCUCAAAGGCUGGCAUUCAGACAUCUUACCUCCUCAGGCUUCGGCAGCGUCCCUGACCGGCAGCUGGUAUUUCACGACGGAUCCCUCUCAUUUUUAUCCCACUUCAGCCCUGUACGGGAGGAGCACCACUUACUCGGCCUUUAGCUGUAGUCAGCUGCCCACAGGAUGUGAGCAAACUCACGGCGUGCGCAGGAGAGAAAAACACGGGGAACGGGGUGACUCACGCAGAAGCUGGCAUGAGGAGAGCUCCUUCGAGAAGCAGUUCAAGCGAAGGAGCUGCCAGAUGGAAUCUGGGGAGAGUAUCAUGUCGGAGAACCGGUCCCGGGAGGAACUUGGGAAGAUGGGCAGCCAGUCUAGCUUUUCAGGCAGCAUGGAGAUUAUUGAAGUAUCUUGACUUUCUCUUCUGUGAUUCUACAUCCCCUCCUUCCCAAUUCUCUGUAAAAUAAUUCCCUGUAAAUCUGAAAUUUCAGGAUACUGUUCAGCUUCAGUACGGAGGAAAUGAACAAAAUUGAGUGUGUGCGCGCGUGCAGAUAUACAGGCACAUGAGUGUAUUCGAGAGAGAUUAAAUGGUAAAUUUCAUUUUUGCAAUGGACAAUCAGCUCUUUUCUUGCCUUGCUUGUCCUCAUCACCUUGAGGCAGGAAAUGCAGCUAUUUCCCCAAGUUCCCCUAACCAUGAAGCCGUGACAGGCAAAGUUGCACAUCCUUAUUGUCUUUAAUGAAUCAGCCUUUAUUAAGCAGACGUGUUUGGUUCUACUGAAGUUUUGAUUGAACGCAGAGUUUGCGCUGUCAGCUGGGUUUUUCCUCCCCAAGAAACGUGUCUUAAUGGGAGCCGAGACAGACGUUGAGACAGAUGUUCUAUUUGCACAACCACUCCAUGUCAGAAAUCUGCUUAAGUUGCAUGAAUGUCACAUUAGCAGACAAGUUUCAUUAGAUUGCAUAGUCAGCAUCUCAAAAUGAGAAACCGGAACAGACCUUUUCAGGUUCUGGAUGUGCUGCUAAUUGUUGAUGAGGACUACUGUGUAGACUGCAAGCUGUUCCACAUGCACGUUCUCAUGUUUACGUCUUUGGAUGCCAUCAAAGAUGGCAUUAAUAUUUAAGGUACACAAUACGCCUGCCACUGAGACCUACCUGUGCUGUUAUGCAGAUGCCUGAAGUGUGUCUAGGAAACUUAAACCCCCCUCACCCGUCUACCAAUGACAUCUACCCGGGAAGAGCCCAACUUCCAUGAUCCAAGCCCACAAAGCAUGAUCCUGUUUCUAGGCCCAGGCACUGGCACGUCAAGCAGGAACGCAAAAAAGAGGGAACUGGUUUGGUGGCCUGGUUUGUUUGCUCCCUGUUCUGUUGAAGACUCUGAUAGGGAUGCAUAAGAGGGAUUCUAUUCCAUCACACCUCCAACGGGUACAGGUGGAGUGUAAAGCACAUACAACAGGAGUAAACAAUUUUGAGUGGCAUGUUUGAAGCUCAGGAUGGUAAACUGAAAGGUAUCAAUUUACCACCGAGCUUCAAAACAUACCACUCAAAAUUUGCUAGUAUUGUCAGUGGUCCUCUGCCGUCCCGCUUCAGAUGAAACGUUCUCGUGCGAGGUCUCUCCCGUGGCUUUUGUCCCAGUAGAGGAGAUAACUGCUUGUUCGUUUGAAACUCCACACAGGAGGACCGGUGUUAUUCACAGAGAAACAGAAUACGACAGGCCAGCAUUUGGCUAACUGGUUUAAAAGACAUACAGCUGUGAAGGGGAUGCCCUCAAAGGGCUUCAUCUUUCUCCCCAACCCUUUUUAAGCAUCCAUUUUCUACUGAUUUAGAAACUGUAAAGUUUUCUUCUAUCCAACCUGCAAGCUGUUGCGUGCUGAAAAGAGGGAAGAGUAGCACCUCCACCAUGUUUCUCUUGAUAGAACAAAGAUUUUAUCCAGGUUGCACCCAAGGCCUGCGCUGCAGGCGUACUGUCUUCUCAAUCCCGUCUGUCUGUGUCAAACCCCCAAGGACUCUUGAAUCUUCCUUCAGCUCCCACAUUUAUAGGCUUCUGGAAGAAGCAGCCUGUGUUUAAUGGCACUGACAUCGGAUUCCUCCGUAACGUUAACCAUACAGAACAUGCUGUUCUACGUGGGGAGAAGUCACGUCAACACAGCCUAACCUUUUGCCGGUCCUGCAAAGAGACAGUUGAGAACUGGUGCGAUCAGUGAACAGGGAAAUAUUCAGGUCAAACCUUACUCCCCAUCAGGAAGCUGUUAGUUUUGUAAGAAAAGCUACAGCAAUAUUGAAACGUUACGAACUUGCACCUCCUUAGUUUACAACGUCCGUGAUUUCCAUAUUGCAUGUUUUGUUAAUUGGAUUCUCUACCCUCACUACAGGUUGCUUUCCCUGUAACAUUCCCAUUUAAGAGAGCUGCAAUAUCAACUGACCCCAUGAUUUAAGGGGUAAAUUAUCUGUAUUUACUUAAUUUAUCAUAUAUAGCUCAUCACUCAAAAUUGGAAACACCUAUCAGUGUCUCUAGAGAGGACACAGGACUUCAGAUCCAGUUCACUGAGGAACACUCGUUUAUGAGUGAAAAUAGAGGGGGGGGGAAUGAGAAAACAGUAGAAGAUUUCCAAGCCAUUUCCUUGCAACACUCAGCAGAGACAACCAGAAGAAAGGAGGCAGAUGCCAGAUUAUUUUGCAUGUUUAUUAAUAAAUAUGUCAAGUAAUGACCAUACACUGUUCAGAGGAGGAAGUAACUCACUGCAAGACAAAAAACAAGCGAUGACAAAACUGUAUUUUCAGCGAAGGAAAAUACACACUGUGCCCAGAUCAUCCUCUGCAGAGCUGUCAAGAAACUACUUCAAUAUCAUCCUCCCUUCCGUAUUUUAUUUUUCCAGAUCUCAAAUUAACCCCUUCUGGUGCCCUUACAACAUUCCCAAGGAACUCCCUCGGGGUGACUAUGAGACCCCAACCAUUUCUGCUCUCACAGCGGAGGUGGAUCUUGUGGACCCCCUAAUGGGAACUGACUGCAGCCCAGAACUGCAUUCACGGGCCGCGACAGAUGGCUGCAGCGACAGGGUGGCAGGAGAGCCGGCUGCUUCUCCGCUGGACUUUUGCCAGUGAGUUUCCAAAUCCCAUGCCACACACCCAGAAAGCCACCUGCAGUUCACUGUCUACCCCACCGCCCAAAUUUGGACUAAAGCAAGCGAUGUCUUUAGGAAUCCUGGAUAUGCUUCUAUCGAGACACAGCUAUUGGCUGGUAAGUAUGGAGAACAGUGCAUCCCCAGACUGAUACAGAGCUUGAGGACGUGUAUUGCAGCCGAAUGAAUGGAAGUGGUACACAAGUCCAUAUGGGAUUUGCACUAUUCCUGCAUAGGAAUCUGCACCUCGCUGCUGUCUCUGGAUCACGACUGUUUCAUGUACCCAGAGAAAUCAGCACUGAAAGCCUCAACCACGCCCAGCGGUUUCUGCAUUGCAAGGCUGGUGACCCAUCGGGCACCUAAGAGAACCCUGUGCCAGGUAUAUGGGGGGUGGGGGGUGGCAUUAGCACUUCUAAGACCCUUGCAGCCUCAAAGUGAUCUUUAGCAAGCCCAGUAAGAGCCAGCAUGUUAGCAUAAAUCAGAUACAUUGAGGCUUUGUGAAAAUAUGGCUGAAAUAGGAAAUCUAAACAUCUAAAAAUUUUAUUUCAUACUUUAAAUGGCUAUAGUGGGUUUUAUUGACAAGAACCAUGGAGUGAGUUUGUAUUAAGCAAACGAGGUUGGUUUUACAAAAUAAGAAAAUGGGUGUCACAAUGUUCUGCUAGAAAAAAACUAGCUGUUUAUAAUACUGCUGCCAAAGGAUAUAUAACCAACUUAGGUGAUACACAUUUUUGUUAGAAACAUCAACUUUUAACAAGUAUGUUUUUCUAAAUAUAUCUUUGGCAUAUUAAAGCCCAACAAGUCAACUCAAAGUAUGCUCUUAACUGUUAUUUCUUGACUAGAAUUGUUAUACAAUAAAAUAUGGAUGCAGUUUUA